AUGCUGCAGAGUCCGCCGCUCGGAUGCCUUCAGCGUUGCACUUGCCCGCUAGCAGAGAUGGCCGUCUGCAAGUUGCAUUGUGCCUCCUGCAUUAAGGCCGCAGUCUCACGCUAGUACCAGGACCUUCCGAGUGGGGAUUGCUCGCCUUAUGUGUGUUGCAGGAAACCGCGACCAACGAGGGAAUGUGUUUUCAUCAGCUGUUGAGGCACAGUGGGCAAGAAGGUGACCAGACGUGACCUCUCCCUGUGGUCGUAUGUCUCUUCCGCUCCACAGACGACAAUCACACAUCACUGAAAGACGAGGAUCGUGAGAAGAACAAGUGGAAACAAAGGGGGGGAAGACGUGGAUUUGGAGAUAUUUCCUUCACCCUCUACGUUGCAACACUAAUUUUAUUUUCUGGAGACCUCGGUCAUAUCUGUCAAUUCACCCUAAGAACUGUUGACGUCAUCGCUGGCAGAACACUGACUGCACAUGUUUGUGUGUUUUUAACACUUUGAAAGAAGAAGAAAACCUCCGUUUCUGUGAAAGACUCGCCUAGCUAUCCAUCGCUCAUCUACCCUUGGGCACUGUGGGAGUUUAACUCGUAAAAAGAGCUGUUGCUUCUUCCGCUUCCCCCUGCUUCCGGCCAGGAACGUCUACCUGGCUAGGAGUAGGCGGCGGGUGGACCAGAUUUUACCAGGUAGCUGGCUCGGGGAGAUUGUGCUAUGAUCAACUGCUCUUUUCCGUGUUGCUCAUACUCAGCUUCUGAGGGACUCUCUGUGCGGCCCCAAGACAAGGGAUAGUAAGCUGGUCGAGGACGACGAGGAGGAGGCGGCGCUACGGCGCAGGCCAGGUGUUCACUUGGAGCACGGUUACCUUUUUUUGUGUGUGUGUUCGUUUGUGGUGCCUGCAGUAAGGCCUGCGGGCCACUGCGUCUGCCCAGGCCGCAGCUAUGGUGAAGCUGGCAAACCCGGUUUACACCCAAUGGAUCCUAGAGGCCAUCAAGAAGGUCAAAAAGCAGAAGCAGCGGCCAUCAGAGGAGCGCAUUUGCAAUGCGGUCUCUAUGUCCCACGGUUUGGACCGCAAGACGGUUCUGGAGCAGUUGGAGCUCAGUGUCAAGGACGGCACCAUCCUCAAGGUCACCAACAAGGGACUUAACUCCUACAAAGACCCAGAUAACCCUGGACGCUUGGCUCUGCCGAAGCCCAAAUGCAGCAGCGGCGGCGGUGGAGGAGGGUCAGCUGCAUCGAUGGGCGGCAGCAGCAACAGCAGCGGCGGUGCGACUCACUCGCAUUCUGGGAGGAAGCCCGGACUCGAUUGGAACAAGCUGAUCAAGCGGGCGCUGGAGGGCCUCCACGAGCCCGGCGGCUCCGGCUUAAAGAACAUCGAGCGCUUCCUCAAGUGCCAGGCGGACGUGGCGGCCUACCUGUCGAGCAGCGGCUCCGCCGGAGCCGGCCUCUUCCACCAGCAGCUGAGGGUCGCCCUGAAGAGAGCCGUGGCCCACGGCCGCGUGGUCAAGCAGGGCCAGAUGUUCCAGCUGGUCAGCCGCAGCGGCCCCCAGGACGACGGCACCGGCACGGUGUCCCUGGAGUCGCUGCCGCCGGUGCGCCUGCUGCCUCACGAGAAGGAUAAGCCCGUCGCCGAGCCCAUCCCCAUCUGCAGCUUCUGUCUGGGGACCAAGGAGCAGAACCGCGACAAGAAGCCAGAGGAGCUCAUCUCCUGCGCAGACUGCGGCAACAGCGGCCACCCGUCCUGUCUCAAGUUUUCCCCGGAGCUCACGGCACGAGUCAAAGCUCUGUGGUGGCAGUGCAUCGAGUGCAAGACGUGCAGCAGCUGUCAGGAUCAAGGGAAGAAUGCGGAUAACAUGUUGUUCUGUGAUUCUUGUGACCGGGGCUUCCACAUGGAGUGCUGUGAUCCUCCACUCACACGGAUGCCAAAAGGCAUGUGGAUUUGUCAGAUCUGCCAACCCAGGAAUAAGGGAAAGUCUCUUUUACACGAAAAGGCAGCACAGAUCAAACGGCGAUACAGCACACCGCUGGGGCGGCCCAAGAACAGACCAGGGCGGCCCUUCAAGAAGCUGGGAGGCCGAGGCCGGAGGAAGCGCUCCACCUCGGCCAACUCGUCCUCCAGCUCGUCCUGUGACGGUUACCCCGGAGACGACCGGCUGCUGUUCUCGAUGCGCGGCGAUGACGAGCAGUCCAACAGCAGCCUGCACUUCAACAGCAAGACCAAGGGGCUCAUCGACGCCCUCACCAAGUUCUUCACGCCGUCGCCGGCGGGCCGCAAGGCCCGGCAGGAGGUGGUGGACUACUCGCAGCAGUGCCGCAUUCGCAAGAAAGCCGGUCGGAAAGGAGAAGGCGACGACGGAGGAGACAAUCAGGACGGCAGCGACUGGCGGGAGGAGGAGGACAAGCUGCCUGGGCACGAGAACCUGACGGAGAAAGACAUCGAGCUGUUCAAACAUAUCCAGGAGCUGGCGCUUCAGAAAGUGGGAGUGACGGGUCCACCGGAUCCACAGAUGCGCUGUCCAUCCGUCAUCGAAUUUGGCAAGUUUGAGAUCCAGACUUGGUAUUCGUCUCCGUACCCGCAGGAGUACAGCAGACUCCCCAAACUAUACCUGUGUGAGUUCUGCCUGCGCUACAUGAAGAGCCGCAGCAUCCUCUACCAGCACAUGAAGAAGUGCAGCUGGUUCCACCCUCCGGCCAAUGAGAUCUACAGGAAGGACGAGGUUUCUGUGUUUGAGGUGGAUGGAAACGUGAGCACAAUCUACUGUCAGAACCUGUGUCUGUUGGCCAAGCUGUUCCUGGACCACAAGACCCUUUACUAUGACGUAGAGCCCUUCCUCUUCUACGUCCUCACGCAGAACGACGGCAAAGGUUGCCAUCUGGUCGGCUACUUCUCCAAGGAGAAGCAUUGUCAACAGAAAUACAACGUAUCAUGCAUCAUGAUUCUUCCACAAUACCAGCGAAAGGGCUACGGACGCUUCCUCAUUGACUUCAGCUACCUACUGUCAAAGAGGGAAGGACAACCAGGCUCCCCAGAAAAGCCUCUAUCGGACCUCGGCCGGCUGUCUUAUAUGGCGUACUGGCGUAGCGUGGUACUGGAGUGUCUCCACGAGGUCCGCGACCGACAGAUCACCAUACGACAGCUCAGCAAAAAGACGGGGAUCUGCCCCCAGGACAUCACCACCACCCUGCACAGCCUCAACAUGCUGGAGCAGCGAGGAGACAGGCUUGUGUUGGUGCGGCGGGAGAAGGUGGUGUCUAACCACAUGGCUCGUCUCAAAGCUCGGCCACGGCAGCUGGAAGUUGACCCCGAGUGUCUCCGCUGGACCCCAGUCAUCGUUACGAACACGGUCGUCUCUGAAACGGACGGAGAGGAGGAGGAAGACGAGGAGGAGGAGGAACCAGACGACGACAUUCAUAAGAUCAAGCCAAGCCACAAGGUUCACACAGCGUCGUGGCACCUGCAGCAGAACGCAGAGGACGAAGAGGCCAAGGGCUUCCUGGGGUUUCCCAUCAGCCACAGCUCUCCCACGUCCUCUUCUGUCCACGGUCCGCCAUCUAUCCCAGACCUAGCGCAUCCUCCCCUGCCAGCGAACGGUGAGCGUCGGCCGCGGGGGCGUCCGCCCAAAAACUGCCCCUGGGGCAAGAUGAAGAACAGCGCACGCGUCGGACGGCCCCCAAAGAUCUGCCCCGUGGAAGACGAGGAUGAGGAGACGCUAGAAGGGAGGACAGCAGCCUCUUCCACCAGCCCGCCGUCCCUUUUCUCAAUGGAUAGACAAGGAGACUCCUUGGCUUUUCUUUCACAGGACUUGGCCAGGCACCCAUCAAUAACCUCCACAACACGAAGAGGGCGACCGCCCAGAAAGAAGAGGGGCCCCAAGCCUAGACUUCCUGACGGGCCUGGAGAGGGGCUGACGCAGUGUGUCCUGUCGAGGUUAAACGACGCGCCGUCCGUCGACAAAAGCUGUUUCAGUGAAAGUAGCGACGACGACGACGAUGAGGAGGACGACGAAGAUGACGAGAGGGCUUGCUCCCCACCCAUCCUCACCAAACCAGUAAUAGGGCUCAAAUGCAAGAAGCCCCUAAAGAGGCCUCGUUUUCGCCGGAGCAGUCACCCCCAAAGCAGCGUGGUGACGGAGACCAUCUCUGAGACCACAGAGGUCUUGGAUGAGCCCUUUGUUGACUCUGACUCUGAGAGGCCUAUGCCCAGACUUGUGGAGGAAACUUCCCUGGGCCACCCACUACGCCGCUACCCGCCAGCAAGAUCAGCUCUGAGAUUGUCUGAGCCGCUGUCCAAGAGACCGCGCCACUCCAACCUCUCUGAUUCAGAGGAAGAUGAACUAACUCCGGUGCUGAAGCCUGUUUCUGCUCUGGCGCCAAGGCCAUCAGACAUCCCGAUGGUCAACUCCGAUGUCCCCGUCAAGAAGAAGAAGGGCUGGCCGAAAGGAAAGAGCCGCAAACCGCAGAACUGGACAAAACACGGACCAGGAAAGCCCCCUGGCAGUGGGCCCAACCAAGGAGACAGCCAGGUCCAAAGUGGGGAUUCGCGUGCCCCCAAGAUCAAAAUGAAGCCUGGCCGCAAACCCCGGAGCUGGUACCUUCAACGGGAGGAGGCCGAGAAGCAGGAGAAGGAAAGACAACAGCGGCAGAACAAGGAUUCUCAGCUGCUGCAGGCGGAGGACCGCACCUCCACGGGUCUGCGAGUCGGCGAAGCUGCCAAACCAAAAGACUCUGACGAAGACGAUGACUACUUCCCUAAACCCGCUGAACAGAAAGUGCCCAAAAGGCGAGGAAGGCCGCCCAAGAACCGCUCCCCCCACCAGCCGCCCCAGCCCGCCCCCAAACCCCCUCCCACCUCCGAGCCAGACGAAGAGGAUGAAGACGACGACGAAGAGGACGCCGAAACCGCGUGGGUGGAGGACAAGCCCAGCCGUCCGCCGUCCCGUCCCCUGCUCUCCCCCUCCUCUUCCUCCUCGGCGUCGGGGCCGCGCGCCUCUCAUUCCCAACCCCGCGAUGCAGAGAUGGGAGACGGGGAGGACGAGAACGACAACGAAGACAGGGAGGAGGAGGAAAGUGGCAGCAUGGGCAGCGGAGGCAGCAGUGUCACCCGGCGAGCCGCCGUCACACCAGGUUCCGGUAGCCGGCGGAGCGAAGAGCACGACGCGGACGACGAAGGGGACGGGCAUUUAGAAGACAAGAGCAACAGCUCCAAGGCUCGAAAAAGACAAGACUCGGACGAUGAAGAGGAGGAGGACGAGGAGGAGGAGGAUGAGCCCACCUCGCAAGCGAACUCCCCUCCGGUCAAAGAAGAGCCCCAAGCAGGCGAGGCUUUUUUAGACACGGACAACAGCGUGAUGCCAAACUACGUCAGCAAGCAGGAGGAGGAGGAGGAGGAGGAAGAAGAGGAGGAGGAGGAGGCGGCUGAGAAGGAGGCGCCGGAGGCCAAGUCUCCGCCUCCGUCCGCCGACCCGCUGCAGGAGGAGAGGCGGCGCCGGGAGCAGGAGGAGUCGGCGGCAGCGGCUGCAGCGGUGGAGACGGUCACGGCCAUGUCGGUUCCUGCCGAGGCCAUGCCGCUGGAGUCGCUGCACCCGGACGACAAAGACGUCACGCUGUUGAUGGAGCCCCAGCACGCACACCCGCACCCCCACCAGCACCCCGAAUACAAAGAGGAGCUGGGCCAGCACCACCCGCAUCACCAACACCCGCACUCCAACGAGCUGGACCUGGAGACGAUGCAGGCCGUCCAGUCGCUGACGCAGGGGGAAGCCCAGGAGGAGGAGGCCGAGCCGCAGCCGCACCACGGGGCCUACCAAGACUGUGAGGAGACCUUAGCCGCCUGCCGCACCCUGCAGAGUUACAGCCACGCCGGGGAGAACGAGGAGGAGGGCAUGCCUUUAGUGGAGGAGUGUGGGGCCUCGCAACACAGCAGCCCCCUCCCCAACCCGCCAGUGCCUCCUCUGCCCAACCAGUCCGUUCGCUCAGCCAACAGCCCGGCGUUGUCCUCGGCCAUCGUGGAGGCGCCGGCAGCCGGACAGAGGGGGGGGACGCCCGGCCCCGCCGCCUCCACGGGCAGCGGUGGGACCGCGGGGAGCGGGUACACCCAAAUAACGCCGGAGCACCCCAGUUCGCUGUCUGCGCCGUCCCAGCAGAACAUGGAGACGUCCCCCAUGAUGGAUGUGCCGUCGGUGUCGGACCACUCGCAGCAGGUCGUGGACAGCGGCUUCAGCGACCUGGGCAGCAUCGAAAGCACAACGGAGAACUACGACAACCCCAGCAGCUACGACUCCACCAUGGGCGGCGGGGGCAACGGGACAGGAAACGGGGGCAAUGGCGGGGCGAUGUCAGGCGCCAUUGUGGCAGGACCCUCUGCAGCUUCGUCGUCAUCAUCUUCCUCUUCCACCUCGGCCACGCCUUCCUCCUCAUCCUCUCAGUCCAACAGUUGCUCCUUCGUCCAAGCUCCCAGCCUCACAUCCUCCGCAGCAAACGGGGGGUCCCAGUUGGGGAUGGGCAGCUGUAGCCUUAUUCAGCAAACUGGACCGGGACCCAACAGUGGACCGGGAGCCGGUAACGUGGGCGGUGCCGGACCCCAGCCCCCACCUCCCCCACCGCCUUCCAACACCCCCAGCUGCGGCAUCAAGUCCCCUCAGAGCUGCGGCGUGAUCGAGCGGCCUCCCAGCACCAACCAGCAGCAGCCUCAGUCCCAAAAAAAGGUUCCUCAGCAGCAGCAGACCUCCAACCCCCAGCCUUCAGCCCCGCCGCCUCCGCAGCAGCAGGCUUUGUCCCAGUGCAGCAUGGGAAACGGCUUUGCCUCCACGCCCAUGAUCAUGGAGAUCCCAGAGAGCGGAGGAGGAGGAGGCGGCCGGGCCCUCUACGAGCGCAUGGGCCAGGACUUUGGCACAGGGAGCUACCCGCAGUCCACGGCCACGUUCAGCCUGGCGAAGCUGCAGCAGCUCACCAACACCAUCAUGGACCCCCACGCCAUGCCCUACUCGCACUCUGCCUCCGUCACGUCGUAUGCCACCAGCGUUUCUCUCUCCAACCCGGGGCUGGCCCCCUCGCCGCACACUCUUCCUCAGGGCCAGCCCGCCAUGACCUCACCUGCGAACCUUAGUUCGGGCUCCAUGAAUCUGGGCUCGCUGCAGCUCCAGUGCAACAUGCCAGCCGCCAACAUCAGCCUGGGGCCUCCGCAGUCACACCGGCUGCAGGGCCAGAUGGCGACGGUCAAAGGCCACAUCUCCAUCCGCUCCAAAGCCACCCAGCAGCUGGCGCCGGCCCCGCACCAGCAGCAGCUCUACGGCCGCAGCUCGGGGGCCGUGGCCAUGCAGGGCACCCCGCGGACAUUGGCGGUGCAACGCGGCAUGAUGCCCAACCUCAUGCCCACGCCGGCAGCUUACAACUCCAUGAACAUGACUCCUCUGAACGCCAUGUCGGCCGGUUACAGAAUGCCUCAGAGCAUGAUGAACAGCGGCUAUCACAGCAACCCCCCCUACAUGAACCAGCCCGCUCAGUACCCCAUGCAGAUGCAGAUGGGCAUGAUGGGAGGACAGGGCUACUCCCAGCAGCCUAUGCAGCCCAACCACCAUAGCAACAUGAUGUACACGGGCCCUUCCCAUCACAGCUACGCCGGCGUCCCAAAACAGUCUCCAUACAUGAGCAGAUGAGCAGCCGAGAGCGGGUAACGGAGCGCUGGGACCAGAGUUGAUGCUCGCUGUAUUUUUAAACGUCCAUCCCUCCCUUUGCCCGGCCCGGUGCCUCCACAGGCAGCAGGGAGGCUAGGCCAUCGGAGGCGGGGGUGUGUUUGGGUUUCCUGUUCCUCUGUGUAGUCAUUUCUGUCCAGUUUUGAUUCGGGCUCGGUUCUCCCUCCAGCUGGCUGUGUUUGGGAUUCUGGGUCGGACGUGCACGCGGGGCCCCGGACUCCGGAGCGCCGCGCCGGGCGGGGCCGUGCGGAGAGGCCGGCGCGGGUACGGUAGUACCCCCCCCUUGUUUCCUGAUGCCCUGCAGGAGAUGACGAGAGGUGGAGAGUGAGCGAACAAAUGACCCAGAGAGACAAGACAGGAAUCCCUCGCUCCAACAGACUGCGAAUGAAACAAAAUGGUUAACUGAAUAUAUCCAACCAUGCACACAAUCUUUUAAUUGAUAUAGGAAGCCUUAUCUUAAAAAGAGACCAUGACAGCUUGUAGGUGGACCGCUUUGUUAAACAUAAUGUUAAAUAUUAUUUUUCUUGUCACUUUUUUUUUUUUUUGUUUUUUUUUAAUUUGUUCUUUGGAAUACUCGUGUGCAGUCCGACCUCUUAUGAUGCUUUUGUCUUUAUACGUGUGGCAUUCUGAAACGGUGACGCACCUCCUCCGCCUCUCUGAAAAAGUCCAGCAUCUCCGAGGAAAGCUCGGUCAGACGGCGGUUCCUGCAAAGCCUCGGAGCGGAGCGGAGGAGGGGGGGGGCCUCAGGCGUCUGACGUGAGUUUGAGCUGUUUCUGGAGUCUCCGUCUUCCCAGAUGGGCAGUGUUGUACCAAAAAAAAAAAAAA